CAGCACCGACGGCUUCGAGAGCCCAAAUUAAUAUUCCUGUCCUGAAGUCAUCAUUAGGAUCUGGCACUUGAGUCAUCGCAUGUCUUCAAUGGUUGUUCCCGUGAGAAUACCAGACGGACCCUUGUACCUGGACAUGGACGGCUUUCGUCUGAAUUCGUGCUUCACCUCUGAGGUGUUCCGGAAAGCGGUCAACUACAAGCCGAAGCCAGGCGAUAAAUUCGUCGCGUCUUAUCCUAAGACUGGUACCACGUGGGCGCAGCAAAUAGUGUAUCUCAUUUUCCACGAUGGGGUGCCCCCAAAUACCCCGCUGGAAUUUCACAAAAACAGCCCUUUCAUCGACUUGUUCGGUUUCGGUGACGCCAACCAAAAUGCAAAGUCAAGAUUGUUCAAAACGCAUUUACCUUUCAAUCUCGUACCCAAGAGUUCUGAGGCAAAGUACAUCUACAUGUGCAGAAACCCAAAAGACACCUGCGUUUCUUACUUUUACCACACACGUCGUUUUUCUUGUUAUGAUUUCCGGAAUGGCAAGUUUGAAGUGUUCUUCGACGUUUUCAUGAAUGGAGACACCGAUUACGGUGACUACUUCGAUCACGUUUUGUCCUGGUACGAACACCGUAACGACGCAAACAUAUUGUUCAUUAACUAUGAGGAGAUGAAACAUGACCCAAAGACGUUUGUACUUAAGAUUGCAGGAUUCCUGAGCGAAAAGCACCACCAGCUUCUUCUUCAGAAUGAGAAAAUUAUUGAAAACGUCCUUCAGUAUAGCGGGAUACAGUUCAUGAAGGAAGAAGCGAAAGAUCUUUUUGAGAAUUUGUAUGAAGAACCCUCGGAUGAAUCUGCUCCGCGUUUCAUCAGGAAGGGCGCUGUAGGAGACUGGAAAGGCUACCUCAACGAUGAGAUGAACGCGAGGAUGGAACAGAAAAUUUCGGAGAAGUUUUCUGAUACGGAUAUUAUUGAUGUCUGGAGAAAGUACGGCAUCGUGUGA